GUCAACAUUCCAGUAUCAGGGUCUACCGGCUGCACUUGAACGCAUCACGAGGUUACCUGAACCCGAAGGUGUCUCCUCCUCCUCUCCAAGCCGCACCCCUUCACUCUCAGGCGGAUUCAUCCAGGAAGAAACCCCGGAGGAACCACCGGCUUCUGUCCGAUUUACAGAGCAUUUUUGGGGGUUUACACACACUCGUUUCCGCUGGUUUUGUCGCAGCUAAAGUCAACAUGCUGAUCAAAGAGUUCCGAAUUGUCCUGCCUGUUUCCGUGGAGGAGUACCAGGUGGGUCAGCUGUAUGCCGUAGCAGAGGCCAGUAAGAAUGAGACUGGUGGGGGAGAAGGAGUCGAGGUUUUAGCAAACAAGCCGUAUGAGAAGGAUGGGGAGAAGGGACAGUACACCCACAAGAUCUACCACCUGCACAGUAAAGUGCCGGGGAUCAUCAGGAAGCUCGCUCCCAAAGACUCUCUGGUGGUUCACGAGGAGGCGUGGAACGCAUACCCUUACUGUAAAACAGUCCUAACUAACGUCUACAUGAAAGACAAGUUCAGCAUCACCAUCGAGACGUGGCACAAGCCUGAUAUGGGCGACCAGGAAAAUGUUCACGGCCUGGAGAAAAGCAAAUGGGAUAAAGUGCAGAUAGUCGACAUCGACAUCGCUGACAAAAGUAGCAUAAGUCCAAAGGAUUACAACCCAGAACACGAUCCGGCCAUCUUUAAGUCGGUGAAAACGGGCCGAGGGCAGCUGGGACCGGAGUGGAAGAAAGAGCUGGCUGAUAACCCUGACUGUCCUCACAUGUGCGCCUACAAGCUGGUCUCUGUAGAGUUCAAGUGGACCGGCCUGCAGACGGCUGUGGAGAGCGCCAUCCACAAGAUAGAGAAGCGUGUUUUCACACACUUCCACAGACAGCUGUUCUGCUGGAUCGAUAAAUGGAUCGAUCUGUCGAUGGACGACAUCCGACGCAUGGAGGACGAGACGAAGGCACAGCUGGAUGAUAUGAGGAAGAAUGAUGAAGUGAAAGGCCUGGGAGCCGAUGGAAACUGACCUGUAUCCCUCUCUUCCUCGGACUCUGGAGCGGCUUCAUGGGAAUAAACAAGAACAGAACACCUCCAAACUAAUAAAACCUGCUCUUAAUAAGAGCUUAUAUUAUUGGCAGCAGCAGUUGUGUGUAUUUAUCGAAUAUAUAUUUGAGUACAGCAGCGUUUUUAAGGGAGUGUUUUACGAGUUACAGGAUUAUUUCUGAGGAUGAAACGUUCUUGUUUACGCCCAUUUAUCUAUUUUAACAUAUUAAGAAAGGUGUGGGAUGUCUCUCGUCUGAUAACUGUUAUCUUUCAUUUUUUAAUUGCAGUUAUUUUGGGUUUUUUCUUGAUUUUUUUUAUGCAUCAUUUCUCAGUGAUUUGUUUUUAUUUAUUCUUAAAUAUGGUGUCUCCUGUCGACACCUGCAAAUGCUCCGGUUACUAGGAUAUUGUUUCUUAAAUAAUUCACUCAAAUAAUGCAUUUUUCAGGACCGUCUGAUCUCACAAUGUGCCCUUAUUGCUGUCAAACUGAAAUGUUCAUUUGAUUCAUCAUCACAUGGUGGAUGGAGGCAUUGCAAUACGAAUAAAGCUCAUGAUUUAUGUAGAAACUCAUGCAUAUGACGUGUUUUCUUUGAAAAGAGACAUUAGUAGUAGUCUGGUUAUCCUCUUCCGGUUUAACUCUAUACAAAAACACCAGCUACUGUUCUGUGAUUAAGGUUUUGGGUUGACUUUGUGAGUGUUUGUGAUGAAGUGCAAAACAACUAAUCUCUAAACUAAGAAGAUGGACAGUUUGAGAGUUUGACCUCUGUACGUCUUGUCCUGUGUCGAAUGAAAAAACUUGGAUUUGUAUGACUUGAGUUAUAUGAUUGUGUACUAGUUUAUUAAAGACAAUGUAUUUGUGCCUUGA